AGCCACGCUGGAUCUGAGUCGCGUUCGCGCUUGUGGUGCAGCUUCGCUUCCGCGUUCUCCGCGCCUCACCGGUGGAUCGAUGUCUUCAGCCCCGCUCUACAGCCCCCUUCCGACGAACAGCUAUGCCGCAUCGCCGGAGAAAGCGGGCGAGGAAUCGCCACAGCGAAGCCAAAUGCCCCGCAGGAAGAUGCUUGUGACCAACGAUGAUCGGCCACCCCUGCCCUUCUUCUCACAGGUCAAUGGACUGCCCUGCGCUCCUGGACAGCUCGGCUGGCUUGAGGAAACCUAUCAUGGAGUCUGCAUCGUGGUGUCGAUAUUUCAAGACAUGCCUCGACGCCACCUGAUGCACUUCCUGUGUGUCUUUAUCUCCUAUGUCUUGGUGGUCAUCACCGGAGCAGUUCAAAUGCAACUGGUGGACACCUCCUUCUUCCGCGCUGUCGGUCUUCUGCUGGCGGUGCUCUUGUCCCUCCGUGCAAAGAAUGCUGUGUCCAGGCGACAGAAGUUGAUGGCAGGAGUCCUGGACAUGAUGAACUCUGCCAAGAACUUGCUCUACUUGGUGCAUUUCGAGCCCGAAAGUCAAGCGAAGCUCCGCAAGAUGCUGGAGUUUUGCUUCUUGGAGGCGGCCGCGUGGGCCUCCCCUCCGACGACGCCCUACGUGAAACAUGGCGACUUGGACAUACUGCCUGAGGAGUACAAGGAGGCAGCCUUCAUUUUGCGUGCCAAGCCACCGGAGAACAUCUCCCCCCGACCUGUCUUGCUGUACCUCAGGGAGAUUUGUGACCAGCUCUUUGACCCCGACUUGGCCACCACACAUGCAGGGUCUGAAAAGAUGGACAAGAUUUCCAUCAUCAGAAGGUUCCACCGCAAUAUGGAGGACGAAUUACACAACCUGUUUGCCAAGUUCGACUUCCUUCUGAUGUUUCGUGAGAACUUUGUCACCAAUCAGUUUCGAUGGAUGCUAGAGACGGUGAUCUUUGUCUAUGUGGUGCUUUAUCCCUGGUGUGUCUGCAAUGAGUCGAAUCUCGUCCUCGGUGCCACAACUGUGGGCAUGGCUUGCGUCUUCUACGGCCUGAAUGCUCUCACGGAGCAAUUGGAGGAUGAAACACCUCCGUCGAUGGGUCAACAGCUGCGACUGCAGUCUUGGCUUUUUGACCCCACAGCAUCCACGGCAGCCGGCCGGCGGCAUCAGCCGGAUGGGCCCACCAAAAGGGCGCUCCUGUUCUGUGCGCAGAGCAGUCGAAUCAAGGAAGACCGAAACGAAGCAGUGAAUGUGUUGAGUUUCUGACUCGCAGAUCAGCGAAAGGAUCGAAAGGGCCAACCUGCUGGUAGCACCCAACCUCAA